GAUUGAGCCGCCUAUGAAAACGUACGUGGUGCAUAACUUUUGAACUUUAUCUACCUUCGAACUUUCGAGUUCAAAACUUACUGCUUCCAGAUAUCUUCCAGUUCUAUGAAUCUACUCAGUCUAGUGAGAUUGCACGUGCACUGGAAUUCUGGAAUUUAUAAGUACAGUACUGCACAUUCCGCGAUGAUGUAUCCGUGCUAUUAAACAUCGAAGUUGUCUGCGAGUACGUGCUACGCACACUGACCAGUGAGAAACCUUUCAAGUAUCAACCUCCUCCAAGUGUAGACUACACCAUGGUCUGUAGUGUGGUGUGCUAGGAAGCUACCUCAUUCAGUUGACUCAUCCGAUCAACUUUCAAUUUUAAUAAAAAUUAAUUGAUUUUCCCAGUUAGAACUUUGAAGUGAUGUUACUGUUGCUCCUAUUUUAAUUCGCUUGUGUCCGGAGUUCACGUGACAGCAUGGAGUAAAAGUGUUUUCGCGAUUUGUUGGGCUGCGAGCUUUAGUGGCAUUGUGUUUUGCGGAAAAAUAAGAACCUUUUAAUUUCUGUUUCGUUUAAAGGUUUGAUGGUAUUAGAAGUUUUAGAACCUGUCUUAAGAAUUAAGAUUUUGGACUGUUAGUUGGUUUCUUGGUAUCAAAAACUGCAAGGAAACUGGGAAAGGGAUUACCGCACAGGUUACUGACAGGCUACAAUAACAAAUGGCAGCUUUGGCGAAUUUACCUGCGUGCCCGGAUAAUUUAAAACCCAUGCUGCACUACAUCAAAGCAGCUGUGGAGCACGACAACCGCGAUCCUGUUGUAGCCUACUGGUUGCGCUAUCAUGCUGUGCAGCUGGGCAUUCGUAUCGACAGCAAAAGUAAACCAGCCAGCUUGUUUAUAUCCGGUGUGCUGAACCAUCUGGAAAGCACUAAGAAAUCUCAGAAAGGUAAUGAAGCCAUCACUAAUGACAUGGUAGCUCAGGCGCACAUCGAAAACUACGCGCUAAAGCUGUUUAGUUGGGCGGAUGCACAGGACCGCGCUGGACAUUUUGACAAAAAUGUUAUCAAGGCGUUUUACACUGCCGGGUUAUUGUUUGAUGUGCUGGCGGUUUGGGGAGAAGUAAGUGAUGAUGUCGCUCGUCAGCAGAAGUAUGCGAAAUGGAAAGCCGCUUAUAUUCAUAAUUGUCUGAAAAACGGGGAAGUCCCCGUUCCCGGACCGUUGGCUGAAGGCGGUGACGGGGAAGCGAACGAAGAUCCUGGUUCCAUUAAUGUUAAUGUGCCGUCAUCACAAAUCCCGGGUCAGAAUGUCCCAUCGUUUUCCACUGGAGGAAGCAUGCCAUCCCCGGAGAAGCCAUCUUUCCCGCCUGGUCCGACAUAUGGCAGUGAUUUCGGGAAUUCCGCUAAUCCCAGUACGUUCCGAACGGAUUUUCCGCCUGCUAAACCACCUAGCACAUUGCCGGUUGCUCCUCCAAGAGCGUCUGUUCAGACACCAUCACCUUCUGCUGAACGAAGAGGCCAUGUAUCAGUGGUAACUAACCCAGCGGGAAUUCCGUUAUCUUCAGACGACAUAGCUCGAGCGCAGAAAAACAUGAAACAUGCUGGAAGUGCAUUGCAGUUCGACGAUGCGGCCACUGCUAUCGACUUACUGGAGAGAACGCUGCGAUUACUGAAAACGGGACGGGAAGAGUGAUGGACUGAUUUUAUCCGGACACGGGACGGCUUUUAUUUUGUUAGUUUGCCGAGUUCAUAACCGCAUUAGCUUUCUUGGGUUAUUUGCAUGGGCUCGGGCCGUUCGGCAUGAUUUUCUGUUAUGUAAUUUGGUUAAGUAUUAAUAUACGUACAUAGUAGAUUCAUUAGAUUGGUAUUCUGUGUCACUGUGUCGGCUAAUGGCUGUCAAGCGUGCCAUUAGUUUUAAACAACUAUUUGCCGCCGAUUCGUAUGUUCCAUUUUUAUCGUCUACUGUCUUGUAAUCCACCUUCCAAAUCAACCAGAAAUUGCUUGUGCAGAUAUUGCGUUUUUCAACGCAAAAAGAUUCUGAAACUUUUAGAGAGUACGCGUAUGCGGUGUGCGCUGACUCGUUGAUUCGGUUAAGUAAUACUUGCUAAUAGCAUUAGCAUUUUUUAAGUACUUUUUACCAGUUAUGACUUUAUAAUAGGUAAUUAAUUAUGAUUUAAUUGUACUGAUGACCAUGGUCCAUGAUG